CAUGAAAUGGGCGAGAAGUACCACAUUUAUGUCGCAUCUCUGGAUGUAGAAAGUCAUGAGAGCAUCCAGAAGUGUGUGGAAGAGGUGCAAGAGCUGCUGCAAAAGGAAGGUCUAAACUGCCUCAUAAACAACGCAGCUAUCAACGUGGAGGGUGACUUUCACACUGUUUCUGCUGAGAAGAUGAUUAAGAACUUCCACACUAAUGCUGUGGCUCCUCUGAUGAUCACUAAGCCCAUAUGGAGGCAGAAAAUGAUGCUCCUAUCAUCGAGCUAUUUCUCCGGGAGGUUGCUGUCAUCUGCUGGUGUUCUGAGGUUUCCCUUCUCAGCUGCAGUUAAGUAUAGCAUCCUCAGCUUGUCAGUCGCUCUUCUUCUUAUAGCGUUGGGUAUCUUGGCCUGGCAGGCCUUCCGAUGCUUCAGACGCCCAGCUCCCAUCCACCCUCUGCCUGAAGCAGUGAAUCGUGAUUUGCUGCACACCGAUGAUGUAUCUGAAAUAACAAGACAGUACAAAGGAAUGCCAACCAUCAAGGUCGAGGAUGUUGAUACGGACAUCUUGAAAUCCACAGAACAAAGAGGAGAGGACAAGAAGUUUGACGGCUGGCUCCACUAUUCUUUAUACUACGACGACCAGCAGCACCAUCUUGUGGUGACUGUCUUGGAGGUGGAGGGGCUUCACCAAGAAAGACAAACCUGCAGCCUCCAACUGUUUGUCCAAGUGAAGCUGCUUUGGACUGGACCAGAGAUGGAGGGACCUUAUAUUGAUGAAGGGGGUAAAGGGAAACCACUCACCCUGUGCACAGUUCUGCAGGACUGGCGCACUCGCAUUGUAAAAGGGACGUGUAACCCCUUGUUUGGAGACCAGUUCAGCUGUAUUCUGCACAAUGAAAAGGAGCUGGAGCACAUCGAUCUCAGGAUGGAGGUGAGAGACUUUGAUAAAUUCUCCAGACACACAGCAUUGGGAGAGGUGAGAACCCCUCUACGACGGCUGAAUAUCUCCUACCCUCUGGAGCUGAAAGGAAAGCUCAACACUCCCCGCAAGGAUCUUGUAGGGGAAGUGCUUUUGUCAUUGAAGUUUCUUCCAACUUCUCAGAGAAUUGAGGUCGGGGUGUUAAAGGUUCGAACAGUCCAUAAGGAGCUGCACUUGGAUGCAGCCCUCUAUGUCAGGAUCAGUGUGCAGUGCAACCAGUGCAAGUUGAAGUACCAGAAAACCUCUGCAGUGCUACGUGGCACAAUGACCGUCUUCAAUGAAGUUCUUGUUUUCUCCUUGCCAGAACUUCCUCUGCAAGAGUGUAAAAUUUUGGUCAACGUUUUUGAGACUCACUCAAGUAGGAAAUCAUCCAAGAACCUCAUUGGACAGUUGACUGUGAAUAAGGACAAGAAUUCCGAAAAUGAACACUGGGCUCUUAUACUCCGCUCAAUCCGCCAGCCGAUAGCGAGAUGGCAUUCUCUACUUAUCUGAGUUAUGUCUCAACAACUUUUUCUCGACCUUCUGGAUGUGUGCAUUCCUUUUUGAAUUAAGUGGAUAGCACUAUUCAUUAACAAAAGACUUUGAAUGCAUUUUCUUCCUGCUUGAAAUUUUUUAGCUUUUCCAAAUUUAUUAACAUCCUAAAAAAAUGAUAAUAGUAAAUAUAUACAUUAAAUACAGUAUAUUCCUCCACAACAUGACUAACCUGUGGACAUUUGUAACGAGCCUUUACUACCCUCUUGUGGUUAAAAAAAUUUCUAAUUUUGUUUUUUAACCCAUGCACCCAUUAUCUGAGCCGCUUAUCCUCACAAGGCCCGUGGGCGUGCAGGAUCCUACCCAUCCAUGUAAAUGUUAAAUGAAAAGGGGGCAAAUCAAAUCCUG